AUGCCGGAAUGGAAAUGGGAGAGAAUUACUAUGGACUUUGUUUCUGGACUUCCUCGCACUCAGAGAAAUCAUGAUGCAAUAUGGGUGAUUGUGGACAGGCUAACCAAGAGUGCUCACUUCUUAGCAAUCACGAUGGGUUACUCACUUGAGCGUUUAGCCGAAUUGUACAUUAAUGAGAUUGUAAGACUACAUGGAAUCCCUGUGUCUAUUAUAUCUGACCCAGACCCAAGGUUUACAUCUAGAUUUUGGGGCAGCCUGCAGGAAGCUUUGGGUACUAAGUUGAAAUUUAGCACUUCAUUCCAUCCUCAGACAUACGGUCAGACGGAAAGAGAAGCCUUAUACGGAAGAAAAUGUCGGACCCCUCUUUGUUGGAAUGAAGUUGGUGAAAGAAAGCUUGUUGGUCCUGAAAUUGUGCAACAAACAGAGGACAAGGUAAAAAUUAUCAAGUAUCGUCUAAAGCUUUCUUCGGAUAGACAAAAGUCGUACGUUGAUCUUAAAAGGUGUGACAUUGAAUAUCAAGUUGGAGAUAAUCUAUUCUUAAAGGUUGGACCAGUUGCAUAUAAAUUAGCUUUACCACCUGAGUUAGACAAGAUCCACAAUGUCUUCCAUGUUUUUAUGCCUAGAAGAUAUCGUUCUGAUCUAUCUCAUGUCCUUCCAGUUGAAUCUAUUGAGGUUAAUCCUGAAUUGACGUAUAAUGAAGAACCUAUCCUAAUUCAAGCUCAAGAAGUAAAGAAACUUAGAAACAAGAGAAUCCACUUAGUAAAGGCUGGACAGAUUCACUGUUCUGGGAGCAUAGUUGCAUUUGUACAUGCUAGGCUUACUUGUGAUGAUGAUCUUGUUUUACUUCAACAUUAUUGA